AAUACAAAAACAAUCGUUAAUCGUUAAUUUAUUCCAAGACCGAACAAAACCAUAUCAUAAUUAGGGUUAGGGUUGGGGAAAAAAUUGAACUGAAACAUGGGAAGCAAAAAGAAAUCAGCGAAGAAGAUUGAGCUCGAAGAAGACGCAACAAAUUCUUCAAUCACAGCAAUCAGUGAUGAUGAUGAAGAAGCAAACAAGGAUCUCAGCCUUGAAAUUAUUCAAAAAGCGCUUCACAAUCGUUCAACAAAUCUCCAAAACGGCGCCGCAUUGGAUGCUCCAAGAGUAAUUGCUGAUUCCAAAGUGGAUAGUGAUGAUAUUAAGUUAAAGAGGAAGAAGAAAAAGAAAAGGAAGAAGCUUGAAUCUGAAAUUGAAGCUGCUGUUAUAGUUGAAGAAGAAGAAAAAGAAAAUGUAGAGACAAUUGAGGUUGCGGAGAAAGUGGAGCAUGCCAAAGCAGAGACAAGUGUUGUUGAUACAAGCGACGAUGCUGUAUUGCGAAACACUGGCUUUAAAUCGCACAGUGUGGAGAUCAAAACUCAGAAAAAGAAGAAGAAAAAGAAAAAGCUUGAAUCUGAAAUUGAGGCUGUAAAAGCUGUUGUAGUUGAAGAAGAAAAGGAAAAUGUAGAGAUAAUUGAUGAAGUUGUGGAGAAAGUGCAGCAUACCGAAGUAGAGACAAGUGUUGUUGAUAUGAGCGACGAUGUUGUACUGCGAAACGCUGGUUCUGAAUCGCAUAGUGAGGAGAUUAAGACUCAGAAAAAGAAGAAAAAGAAAAAGCAUGAAUCUGAUGUUCAAACUGUAAAUGCUGUUAUAGUUGAAGAAGAAGAAAAAGAAGCUGUAGAGACAAUUGAAGAUCCAGAAAAAGUGGAGCCUGGUAAAGCAGAAACAGGGGUGGUUAAUACGAGUGACAAUGUUGUUCUGCGUAAGCUGCUUCGUGGUCCUAGGUAUUUUGAUCCUCCAUCAGACAGUGUUAGUAUUUGGGGAACAUGCUUUAAUUGCGGUGAAGAAGGCCAUGCUUCUUUCAACUGUACAGCUGCUAGGCGCAAGAAACCUUGUUUUAUAUGUGGCAGUUUGAGUCAUAAUGUCAAAAAAUGCACUAUGGCACGAUAUUGCUCUACCUGCAAGAUAGUUGGUCACCGGUCUAAAGACUGUCCAAAGAAGCACGGCGGCGAUUCUAAUUCUAAAAGCUUGACAGUGUGCUUGAGAUGCGGGAAUUUUGGGCAUGAUAUGUUUUUUUGCAAAAAUGAUUAUUCGCAGGAUGAUCUCAAGGAAAUACAAUGUUAUGUCUGCAUGAAAUUUGGCCACUUAUGCUGCGUCAACACAACAGAGGCUAUGCCAAAAGAAUUUUCUUGCUACAGAUGUGGUCAAAUGGGUCAUAUUGGUUGGGCAUGUUCAAGGUUGCAAAAUGAGGCCACUGAUGCUGCCACGCCUAGUUCAUGCUAUAAUUGUGGUGAAAAAGGACAUUUUGCCCGAGAAUGCUCAAGUUCUGUCAAGGCAAGCUCACGGUGGCAACCCGAGACCAAUGAUACAGCCACACCUAGUUCAUGCUAUAGGUGUGGUGAAAAGGGACAUUUUUCCCGAGAAUGCCCAAGUUCUGCUAAGGCAUGUUCAAGGUGGCAACCCGAGACCAAUGAUCCAGCCACACCUAGCUUAUGCUAUAGGUGUGGUGAAGAAGGACAUUUUUCCCGAGAAUGCCCAAAUUCUGCCACGGUAGGCAAUAGGAAACAUAAAUUAUGGGAAACACCAAGAUCCCAAAAAGAGAAUGGCUACAUGGGAUAUGAGUCUGCACCUCAUGAAUAUGGUAAUUCUAGUAAAAAGACAAGGCUUUAUACUGAAGAAAGUGACAUUAAAACACCAAAGAAAUCAAAGCAUAGAGGUGGUUGGAUGACAGAGCAUCCGGGUGAAUUCUCUCCUUCCAAUUCCAAAAGGGAUAGUUGGAGGUCUCCAGUAACACCAUGUACUUAUAAUAGUACUAACAAUCAUCGUUAUUUUAAUAAUGGUACCGGUAGUCACACUUUUGGUUCUAAAUCUUAUAAGAUGAGGAAUUUUCAUGAUGGAACCCCUAAUUCCGAAGGAUCAGGAAGGACUUUUCAUCAUGGGUACUCAGCUUCUAGGUUCACCAACACGAGUAGUAAUGGAUUUCAGAGAAAUUACAACGGGUGGUAGUUUACCAUAAAUCUAGUCUACAUUAUAAGACGAGGAAUGUUCAUGAUGGAACCCCCUAAUUCCGAAGGAUCGGCCAAGACUUUUAAUUCAUCAUGGAUACUCAACUUAUAGGUUCGACAACACAAAUAGUAAUGGUUUUCAGAUAAAUUAUAUUGGGUGGUUGCUUUCCAGAGUCUAGAUUAUAAAUCUAUCAUACCAUGUGAGUCUUUUUUUGGCAACUCAUUUUUCAAGUUUUGUAACUCAUUCAUGUUUCUUUCUCAUUUAUUCUUUGUAGCAUUAUGUUGUAAUAACUUGUUUCUUUGAACUUGGGGUGUCGGGGUGUCGCCCUAAAACUUCAUUCGUAGAAAUGUUUGUGUCAUCUCCCAAGUUGAUAUGAAUGGGCCAAUGAUUUGAGCCGCUAGACCUACAAUUUGAUGAAUAGUCUUUUUAGGGAA